AUGGCUCAUCCGGGGAGAAGAGGCUACGAUAACCGGGAGAUAGUGCUGAAGUACAUCCACUAUAAACUCUCGCAGAGGGGAUACGACUGGGCUGCCGGUGAGGACAGGGCACCCCUGCCUCCGGGGCUCUCUCCUCCUGCUGCUGCUGCGGUUGCUGCUGCUGCUGCUGCUGCUGGGACUUCCUCUGAUCACACUGGGCUGGUGUCUCUGCACCCCGAGCCCCCCGGCUCGGCUGCUGCUAGCCACGCACCCCCGGCCGAGGGCCGCUUCGUGGCGGUGGUGGAGGAGCUGUUCCGAGAUGGGGUUAACUGGGGCAGGAUCGUGGCCUUCUUCGAGUUCGGCGGUGUGAUGUGCGUGGAGAGCGUCAACCGGGAGAUGUCUCCCCUCGUGGACAGCAUCGCCACCUGGAUGACCGAGUACCUGAACCGGCACCUGCACAACUGGAUCCAGGACAACGGAGGCUGGAGCCUGGUGUUUGAGCUGCAGAAGGACUGGCUUGGCAGCCGGCUGUCGUGCUUGGCGACUUUUGACUCUGCCGUAGGGAAUGUUGAAGUGAUGCAGCCAGUGGCUGUCUACAGCCAAAUGAAUAAACACUUCUUGGACCAGCAACUAGACCCCAGGUUUCCCUUCUCCUGGGUUGCCUGCCUUAAUCACUAA